UUUCGUUCCUAUCCCUUUUUUUAAGCUCUCCCAACUGUUUCGAUUUCAAAUCACACGUUCUCAUUCCUUUUCCCUUGUUUUGCGAGCGAUGGAGUAGACGCGGAAAUGAAUCGGUGGCGCUCGCAGAAACCUCCGUUCCCACCUCCGCUCUAGUUUUUUCUGCCCCCCCCCCUCCGAUUCUUCCCUCUGUUGUCUCCAUCUUUUCCGGCUUAAUGAAGCGGCAGCAGCAGGUCCUGCUGCGACCGGCGCAGGUGAGCCGGCGUCACCCUCCACGGGAGAGGCGCCGCGUCGGCGAGGUUGCCGGUAAUGCGACGGCGGAGUGCGCGGCCGUGUGCUGUUGCAUCCCGUGCACGGUGAUGGACAUGGUGGUGCUUGCGGCGUAUAAGGUUCCGGCGGGGUUGUUGAAGAAAGCGAUGCACAAGAGAAAGCGACGGUUGCAGAAGAAGAAGACCGAGAAGCUGUUGGAUCAGAGGCCCAGCAGCGUCGAGAGCGGGAAUAUUGGGCCCACUCUGGAGGAGCAACUGGCUAAAGAGGUGAAGGCGGAGAAGGCCGAGCCCGUUGGGCUGGAGGAGCAGAUGUGGGCCCAGUUCAGCGGAACCGGUUUCUGGAGAAGCUCUUCUCAGCGCCAGCAACAACAACCGCAACUGCAAACUGUUGUACACGUGUCGAAACCGCUUUCGCGGAACAAUUCAACACCUUGUUAACUUUUGCAAUGUAUUGUGGAGUGUGGAGACUUAUUUAUGAAUAUACUGCAAUUUAUU